UCUGUUAGCCAUUAUCUCAGAAGGUAGGGACGUGGUCACGUGGAGUAUGGUAUGCACUCCCAUUAUCUUCCUAAUCCUUGAAAAUGAACUCGAAGACAACACCAUGUUAUCCCCUGUCCCUCAGUAGAUCCUAUCAUAGGCCUGUCAAAAAUCAUUCAUGGUGGAAUUGGAUUGGAGUUGCAGACUGUCCACCUGGAACUAUAUAUACACUCUUUCUUGCGUCCUCAAGCAACACAAGUCAUUUGCAUCCUGAAGCAUCAGAAUUCAAAUAUUUAUUUCUCAUACAAGUCCUUUGACAACACUCAGUUUAUUAUUUGUUUGUGGAGAAACAAAAAACAAUGGGUUUCCUCAUACCAGGUAUUAUUAGACAGGCAUCAUUUUCUGCUUCCAAAGCAACUCUCAAGGGAGUUGAAGUCCCAAAAGGCUAUCUUGCAGUGUAUGUUGGAGAUAAGAUGAGGCGGUUUGUGAUUCCAGUAUCAUACUUGAACCAACCUUCAUUUCAACAAUUACUAAAUCAAGCUGAAGAAGAGUUUGGAUUUGAUCACCCAAUGGGUGGUCUCACAAUUCCAUGCAAGGAGGAUGAGUUUCUAAACCUUACUUCUCGCUUGAAUGAGCUGUAAAUCAGGCUAUAAUGGAGACUCAGAUAGAUUAGUUGAGGCAAAUUUGUACAGAAGGAACUUUUUUUUAUUGUGAAUAUUUUCCAUGUUUUUUCCUUGUAUAAUCCAAUUGAAGUUGGAAAUGGACUCAAAUGAGAAUGUUAAGACUAGACAUUUCCAAAAACACUUUUUGCAUUUUCCAAAUCUCAAUGAAUUAUAAUAUAUACAACAUUACAAUUAUCUA